AUGUCCUCUGGCGGUGGUGAGUGUCCGAGCGGAGUGCGACUCUACGCGAUAUUCAGCAGAAAGGAUUGCAGCGAUCGCACCAGUGCCCAAGCUCUAUCGGAUGCCGAGUGCGAUUCGUGCAACUGUUCUAACGAUGCUCUCUCGCUCUCUCUCUCUUUCUUUCUUACUCGCUCACAGUGCCUUACUCGCAGGACCUGCCUCCUGCAGGCGGUUACGAACCGAUCAGGUACAAGCGCAACCUUCCAGCUAGAGGUCCUGGUGGGAUAGCCAUCUUUGGCGCCGUCUUUGGUAUUUGCGCAUACGGAUUCUAUAGAGUAGCUGCUGGUGUGCACGAGAAGAAGUGAGUCUCGUCUAGAAGCUCUUGAUAAUUUGGAGCAGAUUUGUCGGUGCGAAUGAGGAAGCUGGUGGGGAAUGGAUCGACUUGGUGGGCAGCUGCGUUGGAGAGGGGUUCUUCUGCUCCUGAUAUCUGUGUCUCCUCAUGCUGACUUGAACAUCUGGCAAUUGUUUGGUGAACAGAGAACUCGAGAGGGAAAAGGCUUGGUCACGCAUUCACUUGGUGCCUAUGCUCAUGGCAGAGGGAGAUAGAGAUGCUUACAGGAGAGAGGCGGCAGCGCUAGCGAGGGAGAAAGAGAUCAUGAAGGACGUACCAGGCUGGGAGGUGAGUGUUCAUGUUGUCAAAUUGAUGCAUAGGUCGUUGUUGGCGAUCACGACGCCGUGGUAGACACGAGUCGUUUAGAAGCUCAGCCCUGGCUGACUCUUGAGAUUUUGCAUCUACCCGCAGGCUGGCAAGAGCGUAUACAACACAAAGAGAUACACUCCUGCUUCGUUCGUCGUUCUGUGA